AUGUAUUCUGAAAACCGAGUUAGGGAUGCUCAUACGAUCAUCGAUCUAGCCAUGUACAACUAUGAGGAGCUGAAAGAUUUGGUCAACCAUCCGUCGUACAAACUUCGGAAAAAGAUCGACUUGUUCCUGAACUGGCUGUUCCCCAAGAUAUGGAUUCCACGAUAUUCGAUGGUAACGUUUACAAGAAUGCCGUACCACAAAGUCGUAGAGGAACGACAAUGGCAGGAUAAGGUCCUUUCGAGAUUACAAUACUCUUUUGCGAGCAUAGCCGCUGUACUCGCUAUUGUGGCGGCUUACGGUGCGAGGAAACAUGGAGUACUAUAA